AUGGCUAUUUGGACAGUAGAUCAAGUUGGAGACUGGUUAAAAGCUAAUAGUUUCGAGAAAUAUGUAGAAAUAUUCAAAAAUGAAGAUAUUGAUGGAAUAGCUUUGUUCGGUUUACAAGAUGAUGACAUUUUAAAAGUAUUAUCUUCAAGAGAUGAAGAUGGAACAAUAAGAAAUCCUACAAUGAGAACACAACGUAAAUUUAGGACAAUAUUAGAAGAAUAUAGAAAAUUAGUAAGACAAGAGAGAAAACAACGUAGACGAAGCAGUUCAUCAGUAAAUAAAGAACUUGAUAUAAAUAUAAAUAAUCAUGUAAAGAAUAUAUCAAUUACAACUUCAAAAAUUAAAUCUCAUACAAUCAAUGAUAUAGGAACAUAUUCAAAAACCUAUACUAUUGAACCAAAGAGUAUUGGUAUGAAAUUUUUCACAAAUGAAUUCAUUUGUUCAAAUUUAACAAAAUAUUUUCUUAAAAAAUAUAAUGUUACAUGUCAUAUACCAAUACAAAAUCAAUAUGAUACAAAAGAUGCAUUACAUAUAAAAUUAUCGGGUGUUAAAGAAAAUGUUAAAAAUGUUCGUAAUGAUAUUCAUUCAUUACUUACAACAAUUAAAAUGAAAAUUUUCAAUGAUGAAAAUACAGAUAAAAAGAUUAUUCGUUGGUCAAAAUAUAUCUAUUCCGAUUCUAUUCUCAAUAUUUUACAAAAAAUCUUUUUCGAUAAGAACAAAUUAAUACUUUGGGAAAAAACGAAUAUAUUAUCAGGUUAUUAUAUAGUUUAUUAUAUUAGUGGACAACAUACAUUUAGUGUUUCAGAAGAAUUUAUUAAUCAUACACUCAAUAAUGAGAUAUCUUAUGUUAAAGAUAUUAUUAUAGAGAAUGUCGAAAAUAUUCAAUUGAAAUUUCGAAAAGAAUUAGAUGAAUUUAUUAAUAAUAAAAAAGAACAACAAUUACAAUAUCAAACAAUGGCGAUUAUUUAUUGUCAAUAUUCUUUUCAAACAGAAAUGAAAAUUAGUUUUUUUGGAUUAAGAAAUCAAGUUGAUAUUGCUAAAAAACAAAUCAAACUAUUGAUUAACAAGCAUCGAAUGAGAAAAAUAUCAAUCGGACUUGAUUUGACACAACGUGAAUUUCUAUUAGAUAAUUAUGUUCAUGAAAUAAAAAAUUUAGAAAUCGAUUAUAAUGAUGAUAAUGUUAAAAUUCAAAUUCAUGAAAAUAUAAUUAUUGCACCACAAUAUUUAAUUAAAAAAAUAAAACAAUUAAUUCAAUCAAUGAUUUUUCAAACAAGUAUACUUAUCUUUCAAUAUAUUAAAAAUGCAUUUAUAUUAACAGAAAAAGAUCAUUUAAAAUUAAAAACUCUUGCUCAAAAUUAUCAUUGUGAAAUUAAUAAAAUUGAUAUAGAAACAAAAAAAGAUCUUAUCAUCUUACCUAAAGGUAAAAAUGUAUCAACAUCAAAAUAUAUUACUAAUCAAUCAAAUCAAUUUUAUUCGACAUUAUCAAUGUGGAGAAAACUUUCUAUAUCAAAUAAUACAAUAGAAAUACAUAAAUCAUAUGAUUUACAAGUUGAUAUUACUAUUAUAUCAACAAUAGUAGAUGCUAUUAAAGAAAAUAUUGAUCCAAAAUAUGGAAAUGGUUAUUUUGAAUCUGAUUAUGGUAAAAGAGUUUUAUUUAUUGAAUGGUCACCAUAUCUUUCACAAGAAAAUAACAAUCAAAUAAAUGAAUCAAUAAAAAAAUUUAUUUCUACAUCAAUUAAACAAAUAGAUAUACUUUGUACAAAUGUUGUUAAAACUAUUGCAUUUGCAACAACAGAUUGGGAAAAUUAUUAUAAUAGAAAACAAUUAGCAGAAGAUAUUCUUAAUGAAAUGAUAAAUCAACUCGGAUCUAAAUAUUAUUCUGAUCGCUCAUGGAAUAUUGUAUUUCUUUUUAAUGAUGAACAAAAUGAUUUUUUUAAUGAAUUUUCACAAAUUAUUUCAACAUUACAAACAGAUAGAGAUGGUUAUGAACAAUUCUUUUAUCCAAUAUCAACGAUUUCAAUAACAUUAAAAGCAUCAGGAAAUAUAAAUAUUUCUAAAUGUGAAAAUUUCAUCAAUGAUUAUAUGAAAAAAUAUGUUCUGACAACAAUUGAAUUAAAUAAUCAUCCAUUCGAUUCUAAGAUAUGGAAUCAACAUAUGAUUAAUGUAUAUUAUAAAUAUUGUCUUGAAAAUAAUGUUUUACCAAGAAUUUAUCAAAUUGAUAAACAAACUACUCAAAAACAAUGUUUAAAUUUAAUUGGUUCAAUUUCAUGUGUUAAUCAAGCAAAACAAAAAUAUGAAUUAAUGUCAGAAAUUGAACAACAAAGAAUAUUACCUUAUACUAAUAUAUCAAAAUCUGAUGAACAAUUGUCAAUAUCUUCAACUCAAAUAUUAAACAAUACUUCUGAAUCUUUCAAUAUUAUAUUAAAUUGUUGUUCGGAUGAUAAAAUUUUGUCACGUCAUCUUGCUAAUCGAUUGAUUGAAGAAGGUUAUCUCCUAUCAAUUGAUUACUCUGAUAAGAUAUCUUCAAAUAUUGAAUCAAAAUUUGACAAAACAGAUUUAAUUAUUAUCUGUUUUAGUUUUAAUUAUUCUCAAAAUGUUAAUUGCUUGACAUCAUUAAAUAGUAUAAUAUCGUCUAGAAAGAAAUAUAUACCAAUUAUGUUAACAAGAAGUUCAUUAAAUUACGAUGAUGAUUGGCUUCAAAUAAUAAAUACAGAAGAAUUAUAUUAUGAUUCAUUUAGAGAAGAAAUCAAAUUCAAGUUAAAUGAAGAUUUAAAUUUAAAUUAUGAUAAAUUAUUAAUAGAAUUACUACAUUAUACGAAACCUGGUGCAGUUGGUCGAACUUAUUUAAGGUCUAAUACUAUUCUAAAUAAAGAAGAACAAAAAGAAGAAACUUUUGAUCGACCAAAUAUGUUCUCACGAUUUACAUCAGAACAAAUUCGAGAAAAAGAACAAAUUUAUGAGGAACAAAUUGAACAAAUUUUAGAAAAAAAUAAAAUUCCAGAAGAUGAAUUAACUGAGUUAGUUAAUUCUUUAAAAAAAGUUCUUGAAGAUUAUGAAAACGAACAAUGUUCGACAUCAAUAGAAGAACAAGAAUCAGAAGAAUCUAUUCAAGAUAAAAGUCAAGUCGAAGAAGAAGAAGAAGAAGGAGAGCAAGCUCAUAAAAACAACGACGAGGAGGAACAAGAAGCUCAACUUUCUGAAAAUGAAGAAAUUUAUCAGAACAAACAUGAUGAAGGUCAGUACUAUUAA